AUGGACACCGCGGGCGGUAACUCGCUGCCGCCGAAGCUGUGCUCCGACGGCGGCAGCAAGCGGCGCGUGUGCUACUACUACGACCCACGCAUCUCCUACAUCGACUACGGCGAGAAGCACAUCAUGGUGCCCCACCGAGUCGCCAUGGCACACGGCCUCGUCAACGCCUAUGGCCUGCUUGACGACAUGGAUCUCCUUCGCGUGGCACCCGCCAUCAAAGAAGAUUUGAAGGUCGCCCACGGUGAGAAGUACCUCGACCUCCUCCGCGACCUCACGCCGGCCAACUACCACUGCGACGGCAAGAUCCAGGGAAAAGCCAAGAAACACGAAGUCGGCAGCUCGACCAACGACAACCCCGUCAUCCACGACCUCUGGGACUACUGCCUGCGCUACGCCGGCGGGUCGCUCGCCGCGGCGCGCGCCCUCGCCAGCAGCGAGUACGACAUCGCCAUCAAUUGGUCCGGCGGCAUGCACCACGCGUUCGAUAACAAGGCCAGCGGCUUCUGCUACGUGAACGACAUCGUGGUCGCCAUCCACGCGCUCCUUGACCGCUUCAGGCGGGUGCUGUACGUGGACAUCGACGCGCACCACGGCGACGGCGUCGAGAAGGCGUUCCUGGACAAGAGCCGUGUGAUGACGGUGUCGUUCCACCAGUACGACGGCAAGGACUUCUUCCCGCGCACUGGGGGCGUCGACGACGUCGGCAAGAAAGGCGGCAAGUACCGUACCCUGAACGUGCCGCUGGAGGUGGGCACGGGCGACGAGCGGUACCACAAGCUGUUCGAGCCGAUCAUCAAGAAGGUCAUGAAGGUGUUCCAGCCGGACGCCAUCGUGCUGCAGUGCGGCGCCGACUCGCUCGCCGGCGACCGGAUCGCUGGCCUGGGCCUGUCCGUGCGCGGCCACGCCGAUUGCGUCCGCCUCCUCCGCGGCUACAACGUGCCGCUGCUCCUCCUCGGCGGCGGCGGCUACACCAUCAACCACGUCGCCUCCUGCUGGUGCUACGAGACGGCGGUCGCCAUUGGCAAGGAGAUACCCGACGACAUACCGCAGCACGGGUACCAACACUAUUACCAGAGCCAGGGGUACAAGCUCCACUACCACACGGCGAGCAGCAGCCGCGGCAACGCGGAGACGAAGCACAUGGUCGACGUAAAACGGAGAGUCAUGGAGUACCUGGAGCACCUGUCGGCGCUCAUGGCCGCGCCGAGUACACGCGAGGAGCCGCCCUGCGCCGUAGACAUCGACGUCGGCGCGCUGUUCAACGACUCCCCGUUGGGAGAAGACCCCGUGGAGGGGCUGCACCGGCGGUGCGGCGAGGUAGACCUCACCGAGUUCUUGAUCGGCCUGGGGAGGAAACAUAAACUCCUUAAGCGAAGGAAGGUCGAUCUUGAGCUGAAAUAA